UUGCGAGUGAAGAUAAAGUUAGUUUUCUUUUUAUCAAGUAGAUAUUUUCUUCUAUGUUAUAUUGAUUUAAAUAGCAUAAUGUUAAACCAGCCCUAUGUAAACAUUUUAUUUAUACCUAUAUAAAGUUUAACAAUUUAGUAUUGAUUAUGAUAAACUUUGGAUAAUUUUUCAACAGAUUAAGUUAGACUGUGUGCAAAGAGGUAUAAGGGCACCUUUGAUAAGUUUAACCAAAAGUAGGUCAAAUCAUUUAAACAUUAUUUAGCAAUAGGAGAGGAUUUAUAUCAAUGAAAAAAAUAUUAUGUAGAAAUUGAUAUUUUUCCAGGAGUACAAUGUAGAAGAUACUUAAGGCCUUCAGUUAUCUUAAUUAUAGAGUAUAUCAAUGUUUAGAUUUAAAAUAACUGUGAAAGAAACAGAGACAAUUUUAUUGAUUUUGCAAUGUAAAUAGAUCAACGUUGUCGGGAAAAAGACAAAAUGGCUACAGGUCGACAAUUUGAUACGGAUACUCUUUCGGAUGAAAUAUUUGACGUAUUAUGUUCAAUGUGUAGAAAUGAAGGCAGGAACACUGAAGGUGAAAAAUACUGUGUAGAUUGUCACGAUUAUUUCUGUGUUAGUUGUGUCAAAGUUCACAGUAAAGUGCCUUUAUGUGCUGAUCACAAGGUAUUGGAUAAAUCUCAGGUUAAGUCAGGAGCCAGCAAAGCUAUGACGAUGGCACCAGCAGAGACAUGUGACAUGCACAGUCAUAAACACAUUGAUAUGUACUGUCAGAACCAUGAUAAUGUUGGCUGUUCUACAUGUAUGGCAGUUGAUCACAGAUUAUGUAAGGACACAUUCUACAUACCAGAAUUUAUCAAAAACAAUACUUACCAAGUCAAUUCGAGAGACAUUCAAACAAAACUCAAGGAAAUAGCCAAGACCCUUGAAAAACAAGCUGAUAGAUUUAAACAGGAUAAACAAAGGCUAUUAAAGAGGAAAGCAGAAAUACUGGCUGAUAUCAGAAAAUUCCGUCAAGAAAUCAAUGACCAUCUUGACAAGCUGGAGAAAAGUUCUAUAGAUGAGAUAGAAAGUAAAGUCAAAUGUCUUGAAGACAAAAUCGAAGAUGUUUUAAAACAGCUACAAGCAAACAAGUCCAGGAUUAGAUCAGCUAAUGAUAAGUUAGCAUCUACAAACACAAGUCAUCCUGAAGUGUUUGUUUAUGUGAAAAUGGGAGAAGAUGCUGCAAAUGUUGCCAACAAAUAUAUCGAGCAUGCCAAAAUAAAAAAUAUAGUAGAAGACAUAGAGUUUCAACCUGACAGAACAAUUCUUACACAGUUAGAACAAAAGAAGACCAUAUGCAUUCUAUCAGAGAAACCUACAAUGACUGCUGACAAUUUAUUUCAGAUUAAAGGUAAUCAAUCAUAUAAUGUAAAAGUUAAGUCAGAUAAAAAAGAUUGUUAUAUCAGGACUGCCUGCUGUAUGGAAGAUGGAACAAUAAUUCUAGCUGAUUUAGAAAACAUGAAACUUAAACGGUUACACAGUUACAACUAUACUGUCACAGACUACUGUGACCUACCUGAAAGGCCAUAUCAAGUGUGCAUGAUCAAUAACACACAAGUAGCAGUAACUAUUCCAUCAACACAGGAAGUUCAAUUCAUUUCUCUAGAACGAAAAAUGAAAACAACAAACAAGAUAUACACCGAUUAUAAAUGUGUUUGUCUUGCAUAUGCAAACAAUAAUUUAUAUAUCUCAGAUGAUUCCUCAGAAGUAUAUAUCUAUACAUUGUCAGGUAGGAAAAUUAAUCAGUUCAGUGGACAUAAGCUGUUCUCUGGCAUAGGCAGUCUAGCUAUCAGUAAGGAUGCUACUAGGAUUUAUGUUGCUGGCAAUGAUAAUGGACUGAUAGUACUAGACAACAAUGGUCAGAUUAUUACAUCAUUCAAUGGUGAACAAUUAGAUUGGGCUGGAUGUUGUUAUCUCACUGAAGCAGGUAGUGUGCUGGUAUCUGGACAUUUCUCCAAUAAUAUUUUACAGUUUACUUGUGAUGGUGAGUUUAUAGGAGAGGUUGUAAAAGCUGAUAGUGGAAAAGAUAUAGAGUCAGUCUGUUGUAAUCAACAAAUGACAAAGAUAUGUAUAAGUAGAUAUACAGAUGACAAUAUUGAAGUGUUUGACAUCUAAUCAGUAAAACAAAUGAUUCACAAAAGAAAAAUAAACAUGUUUUUAAA